AUGGCGCCAAUGCUAGGCCAUUGGGAUGAUCCCAGCAAUGGGGGCCCCGUGUCCAAGCAAAAUACCAGCUUACCCAAGAACGUCUUGUAUGUCGAUGCAUAUGACUCAUUUUCAUACAAUGUGGUCGCCAUGCUCGAGGAAACGCUGGGCGUCAAAGUCACAGUGAUGACCAUCGACUCGGAAUGGCCCAACUCAAACAUGAACGAGUUUCUUCAACACUAUGAAGCAAUUGUUCUUGGACCAGGACCGGGAAACCCGAAUGAGCCCACCGAUGUGGGUAUCAUGAACGAUAUCUGGAACCUCAAGGACUCGGAGCUCCUGCCGGUUUUUGGUAUCUGUCUUGGUUUCCAAAGUUUCUGUCUUCAUCAUGGCGUUCCAAUUGAGCAAUUGCCAUAUCCGAUUCAUGGACAGAUCCAUAAGAUUCGGACUACCUCGAAGGAUAUCUUUGAACUUCUCCCGGUUGUUGAUGUCACUCUUUAUCACUCCUUAUAUGCCAAUGCGGCUGCUUCAACCCCAGCUGAUUUGGAAUAUUUGGCGUGGCUAUCUCUCGAGGAUCUUCCCAAUGCACAGAUUCCUAUGGCCGUGCGACAUUUGCAGAAGCCAUUCUGGGGCGUCCAAUUCCACCCCGAGUCCUGCAAAUCUGAAAUAGAUGCAUGCAGGACACUCUUACAGAACUGGUGGAAGAAGGCUCUUGCAUACAACAAGAUCAAUGGUCGUGGAGGAUACGAGCCCCUCCCCGAGACGGUCAUCACGCCUUAUAUAGCUGCUACUUCGUUCCCUGAAGCUGCUUAUGAAAUGUUGCAGUGGUGCAAGUCCACUUCUUCAGUUUCAGCUUCUCGGUCUUUCAAACGAGAUGGUUUGACUGCAGAGGUGAUUAGUGAACUCUUCAACAAGCCAGGUUUUCCUACAGUUCUGUUCCAAUCUAAUGGGCGUUACACAAUCGCCUCUGUGCCCAGUCCGGACUCUUGGCGGUUUGAGUAUCAUGUCGAGACACACAAACUCCGCAUGCUUCAGCUGUAUGGUGACUGCAAGGUCGAUGAAAGUACUCUUGCCGUGGCUCAACUUUGGGAUGCCUUGCGUUACUUGAUGGACAUGAAGAAAGUCCAUUCUGGAAGCUCCGAUGUUCCUUUCUGGGGUGGCUUCCUUGGCUAUUUCUCCUACGAACUUGGUUUAACAUGUCUUCCUCACUCGGAGCGUCCGCAGGCAUCGGCCUCAAAAAUGUCAGCUGAACAACCUUCAUAUAACAACACUUCAUUUGCGGACCCGCCUGAUGUCAGUCUUUUGUGGUGCGAAAGAAGUAUCGUUUUGGACAAUGUCACCGGCAAAAUUGUCAUUCAGUCCACUCGCGAUGACGACAAUACCCCUGCAGGAUGGCUUGACGAGAAUCUGCAGUUGCUUCAAGAGUUUUCCGUGGAGAGCAAUUCAACAGUUGAUCCAUUAUUGAACUCGAUCUUUCGGGAAGCCAAAAUUCAAUUCCCAGAGGAAGACAAGUACAAACGUCAGAUUGAGUCUUGCAAGAAAGAACUUCAGGCUGGUGAAUCUUAUGAGCUGUGUUUGAGCUGUGAAACCUCAAUCACCAUGCCAGUUCCAUCUAAAGAGUCCGAUCGAAUCGCGUUUCCUUGGAAACUCUUCAAGCGAUUGAUGAAAUACAACCCUUCUGCAUUCAGCGCCUUUGCAGACUUGGGAGAUACCAAAAUCGCCAGCAGCAGCCCAGAAUGCUUCCUUAACUGGGACCGCGAGUCCACGCUAGAGAUGAAGCCAAUGAAAGGCACUGUUCGCAAAUCGCCAGACAUGACAUUCGAGAAAGCCUGUGAGAUCCUAGGCUCGACCAAGGAGAUAGCUGAGAACCUGAUGAUCGCUGACUUGAUCCGCCAUGAUCUGUAUGGUAUCUGUGGAUCCGGUGGCGUCCAUGUUGAAAAACUACUGGAGGUUGCAGACUACGGGCGAGUCUACUCGAUGAUCACGCACGUCAAGGGAAAGAUCCGCCCUAACCAACCCGGUUUUGCUGUUCGGGAUAUUUCCCAGCUUAAGACCUCCAACAUGGCUGUUCACGGCUUGACAACCCUUCAGCGGUGCCUGCCCCCAGGCUCCAUGACUGGUGCUCCAAAAGAGCGCUCUUGCAUGCACUUGCGAACAAUUGAGAACCGCAAGCGCGGUAUUUACUCCGGUGCCAUGGGGUUCCUUGACCUCGGUGGCGGCGGAAGUUUCUCAGUAUUGAUCCGUUCGGCGUUUACCUGUGCGUCUGGUCAAGACACUGAGAACAACCAGCAGACUUGGCGCAUUGGUGCCGGCGGAGCUAUCACCAUGCUUAGCACAGCAGAUGGCGAAUGGGAAGAGAUGCUCACCAAAUUGCGUGUGGUCUGCAACAUAUUCACGCCCCUCGAUCCAAUCGAGAAGACAGCUCCGGCUUCUUAG